ACUCGCAAAGUGACCGUGAGAAGGGGGUUUCACGAAGAACUGCGGUAAUGUUUGUGAGAGACUUUUUGACAUUUUGUUUAGAUAUAUUUUAUAAAGAUAUUUUCUUGAGGAGCUGAGACCUGUUCUCGUGUCGUAAGCACGAUAUCGGUGCUUGGUUGGUACAUUUUAAAAAUAGGUGGUUAUCACAUUGGACUGAUAGUGAUAGAUGAUGGCAGCAGUAAAGGCGGCCAGUGUCCUGAUCACAGGAGCCAACAGGGGCUUGGGUUUAGAAAUGGUCAAGCAAAUCUUGGAGGUCCCCUGUCCAAAGCGCCAGAUUUUCGCCGGCUGCCGUGACCCACACGGGCCAAAGUCUGAGGCAUUGAGGGAACUGGCGAAACAACAUCCAAAUGUGCUGACUAUUACACACCUUGAUGUUACUGAUCUCAGCAGUAUCAAAGAAGCUGCCAAUAAAGUGUCUUCUUCACUGGGGACGAGGGGCUUGAAUCUGCUGGUGAAUAAUGCAGCUUUGUGUUCGCGUGGUACUCUGAUGACCGUCAAAGCUGAAAGGAUGCGUGACAUGUUUAACACCAAUGUGAUGGGAACUUUAUCAGUCAUCAGGGAGUUUCUGCCGUAUCUACAAACUGCGGCCAAAGCGAGCGACAUAUCAGGAAUGUCCUGUGAUAAAGCGGCUGUCAUUAACAUCUCUUCUAUAGGAGGAUCCGUGAGCAGCAUGCCUGGCAUUUACGACCAAUUCCCGCUGUUUCCUUACUGUGUGAGCAAGGCUGGUGUUAACAUGAUGACUGCGUUAGCUGCCCACGAAUUUAAAGCAGAUGAAAUCCUCUGCAUAGCCAUUCACCCAGGAUGGGUAAAAACUGACAUGGGAGGGGAAAAGGCAAUUGUUGAAACUAAAGACAGUGUGGCGGGGAUAAUGAAGGUUAUGAGCAAUCUUACAGAGAAUGAACACGGGGGAUUCAUGGACUACACUGGACAACCUAUGCCCUGGUAAAGGCGACAUGCAAAACAUCUCCGAUUUGAAGAUCACCAAAAUUCUUAAUCACGCUCAAGACUACAGCAUAAUAUAAAAAAAUCAUCAUCAAUAUAUAAGACUAUAUUUAUGACAUACAUCUGAUAUAUUUGUAUAAAAGUAUAAAAUUCAAUAAAACACUCUCAACAACCAUAAAGCAGUAUGGUAUCAGUUUUCUAGAGGCACCUAAAUGUUUUGCAUUGGCACAACGUGUAUUAUUUAAUUUUUGAUGCAUUAUGUGCACUAUAGGAUGAAAUGCAUUGUUUCACCCCAUGCAGUAUUUCACAACUGCUGUGCUUAUCAGUUAAACACUUUGUUGGUUAAGGAAGUUAAUAGUUAAUAACCAAAAGACUUGCUUUUGACACAUGAGUUUAACACUUUGCACAAUAGUACAAUGACAUGGAAUGAUAAAAACAGAGGUGUACCCACAAUGCUUUGCAUUAACAGGCAAUUGAAACUAUUACGCAAGUUAUACUAAAUAUUAAACAGAACACAUGCUGAGCUAAAAUGACCCAAUGCUGAAUUGUU